GUCAUCCUCUCCCAUCGCCUCCUCUAGAUUAUUCGUGCCCUGACCCUUCUCUGCACGUGUGCGCAAGAGUUCCCAUCUCAAUCACCCCUCGAUUCCCAAUUCGAUAACCUCAUCCGGAGCAGGCUUCAAGUUGCGAGAGGACGACGUCCUGCUCUAAUCAACACUCAGUCACUGAGCCAGCCGUUGAGUCGAGUUAUCCCACCCUCAAUGUCGGGCUUCACAACGACCCCCGACGAACGGAUCGGGCCUGGCCCUCCUUACAGCAACCCAUCACUGGAGGCCAACCUCUUCUUCCGAGUUUGCCUGGGAAUCUUGGCCCCUAUUGCAUGCUGGGUUCCCAUGAGACUGCUCUGGAGGAAUGGAGAGUUCUCUGCUGCAGCCUUCUGCAUCGUCACCAUGAUCCUCAACUUCUACUACGUCGUCAACGCCUUGUUAUGGCGCGAUAACAACGUCCAGAACUGGUUUGCUGGCUACGGUUGGUGCGACCUCCAGGUCUACACCAUAUUCGCCCUGGAGACUGUCUACAGCGCCAGCGUCUUCUCCAUCAUGCGCAACCUCGCGAACAGGGUCGGACUCAUGAGGGCAACCAGCCUGACCUCCAAGGAGAAGAAACGCCGCAACCUCGUUGAAGGUCUGGUGUUGCUCCCCGCCGCCCUGGUCCAGAUCAUCGUUACAUACCUCGUUCUGGCGCAGAGGUACAAUGUGUCAACCCUUAUCGGUUGUACCAGCGCCUAUGAUACGAGCUGGCCGUUCUUGGUCUUUUUCGACCUCCCUUCCCCUAUCUACGCCGUUGGCGCCGCCGUCUAUGCUGUACUUACGUGGAAGCGGUUCCGAGAGGUUGCAAAGUCGACCCACGUUGCCAUGAACACCAACAACAGCAUCAUGGUACAGCGCCACCAUCGAGUGAGGAGAAAGCUGUACCUCAUGGCCUUGUCCAUCUUGAUCCCCUUCGUCCCGAUCCAGCUGCUCUUCCUCUAUUACAACCUCUUGGCCCUGAAUCUUCCACUCAAACCGUACGACUUCAAGCAGAUCCACUACGGCAACAACCCGUAUCCCUUCAACUUCAUCUCCUUCUCAACUUCAGAUACGAUCGGAUUCAUUGAACUGAACAGGAACUACGUGGCCAUCAUCACUGUUGUCCCCAUCUUCUGGUUCUUCGGUCUGACGAAGGAGGCAAUCAACACCUACCGGCAGUAUCUCCUCGCAUUGGGACUAGGGACGUUGUUCCCGAACCUGAACGAGGAGUACGAUCCCGACCGUGCCGGCAGAUCAAGCUUGUUUCAUUGUCGUCGAAGUAUCGAGAAGGUUCUCAAGAGCAGUCUCUGGACAAGUUCAAGCCGGUCUCUCAAGGGCCCCGUCCUCCCAACAGCCCACCACAUCUCCGUCGCCAGCCCAAGCACAACCACGCGCAGGUCAUCCGACGCCGCUCCCACCAUCUCCAGCCCAUGGCCGGACGUCGACACCCCAUCUCCCCCACGAGCAGCAGCAACACCCGCAACAGCCCACGGCAUCGACGACCACGUCCACGAGCUGCGCACCCCGCCGCGCAACCCAUUCAUCUUCCGGACCGCCCUCUCCGCCCCGAUCAGGCUCCCCCCGCUCCACAUCCCGGCCUUCUUCCGCAAGCGGACAGGGGACGCCGCCGCUGAACCCUCCUCCCCCGGCACUCUGCUCCGCCCGCUCUCUGGUCCCAGCGAACACAGGCCCGAGACGGACGGCUCGGCCGGGCCGGCUUGGGCGUGCGGAGCCGAAGGGGCGAGGGUGCAUACGCGGGUUUGGUCUGCUGAGGACGGUUCCGGCGUCGUGGGACCGGUUGAGAAGAGCGGCGUCAGGGUCGAGACGCGGAUUGCGAAGACGGUCAGUAAUGCGGUGUGAUGGGGGCGUGAGAGGGAGAGGAGGAAGUGUGUUCUGAACACCUUCUCCCCCGAUCCCUCCGGGCCAGGCCCGUCGGUCCCAUCCUCGAUGGGCCCUUUUCUUUUCGUUCAUGAAAUUCUUUUAGCUCCUCACAGCUGUCGAUCCGGCUGCCGGUUAAUGAGGUUGAUAGGGGUUGAUCCCAUGGAAGGAAGGGAGCGGUAGUCAGAUCAAGCAUGGGAAAAGGGGGCAGGGCCUCCUAUCCAUACACGGCAUCAAUAUAAUUACUCGUCUUCCAUUCUUUCAGUCCAAGAGAUUACCAGUGAUACUUUCGUCACGUUCUGUCUGGGCUCUGAUUCGCUUCAAGCAAAUAUUGCUAUCCCUCCAAAGCGUCAUAGAGUCUCUCAUAACCCCGA